AUGAGGCGCAUCUCUUCCUUCAAGGCGCAGUACAGGCAGACGGCGACGCGCGCCCCUACGCCGCCGCCGCCCGUCUAUGAGCCGCUGUCGCCGGUCCUGGCUGCCACGAAGCCUCCGAGGCCUCACCCCGCAGGCCACGUCCAGACGGCCACCAUGUACAGCAUCAACUACACCAAUGGUGCCGCCUCUAUCACGCCUACCGUCACAGAGAAGGCCGGGGUGCGCAUGCCCCUCAGCUCGUCGGUGAUGCCGCUGGACGCAUCAUUGGGGUCCGCCGCGGCGCCGCCGCAACCACCUCCGCACCAUACAUUGGCCCAGACAGAACCCAUUGAGGCGUUGGCAGACGCUGCCAUUACUUCAUCACAGCAGCAGCAGCCUCCUUGUGUGGAGCCUCGAAGACAUGCAGUACCCGCUCCACACGCCGCCUCGUCGCCCACGCCCACGCACACACACACGGCGGCCGCCCACGCAUCCAGCUCAAGCAUGCCACCACACUCGUUUGCUCCCGAUACCAACUAUGCGCUGCAUGAGCGGCCUGCCAAACGAGCGCGCUCCGAAUUGUAUGCCUCGCCGCAUCACGGGCAGCCGCAGUCGAGACCGGCGACUAGUCACAUUCCAGGCUCGGCCUACCACGUCAACCACAUGGUGGACGGCGGCAUGCGCAUCCACCAAGAUAACAGUCCAUCCGCCCCACAGCAGAGCCGGGGCGGCGAGGACAGGAUCUCCGACGCCCAACUGCUCCUCGACUUCUUCACCGUCUCCGCCCACACCGCGAAAACACCACCCUCGACAGCAAAGCGGUGGAGCCUCCCCAACGCCCCAGAACUUGCACACCCGGCGCAACCAAUGUUUGAGCCCAUCAGCCCCAAUGCGGCGGCGCCCUCGUCAUCUGAACUUUGCUUUCCGUCCCCACACGCUCCCCAGCCAGCACAACAGGCUCCCGCGGCGCCUCACCCUACGCUCACCGAACCCGAGUCCGCCCAGGCUGCACAAACACACACUCCGCCUGAAGACCCGCCCCUGAGCCUACUGCAACCUGGCCUGGCCGAGGGCGCCGCGCCAUUAGACGAGCCCAAGAAAAAACAUCAGGGUUGGCCAAAGGGCAAGCCGCGGGGGCCUCGCAGUACGCCUUCGACUAGCAAGCGGAAGCGGGCCACGCCAAAGCCAAAGGGCGCGUCUUCUGGGAGCGCCUCGGGCCCCCCCAGCCAGCUCGAGUCACCGCAGAGCCUUGCAGCAGACCAGCUAGUAGCUACCUCUACCAAUGCUGCUCCGCUCUUGUCGUUGGAGGACGGUCCGACCCCAGUUGCUAGCUCACAAGCUCGUCGUCACUCCUUCUCUGGUCCACGCCUGGCAUUGCCUGAUUGUCGCGCCUCCUCUGCUUACUUGCGCGCACAGUCACUUCCACUGGGGGCCAAGGAGGCCACUCCAACACCGGUGCACACCUUGCGCCAUCGCGCGAAAAAGGCUACUGUGGAGCAACCGGACCUGAUUUGCGCUGCAUGCAAAUCCUCGGAAUCCGAAAUCAAAGUAGGCGACGGCGAGCAAUGGAUCGGCUGUGAUGGCUGUAAGGAAUGGUAUCACUAUGCAUGUGCAGGCUUCAGCAGCGAGCGAGAGGUACGGGACGUAAACAAAUUCUACUGCGAGCAGUGUAGACCCAAGUUUGGUGCAACGACAAAGGUUCGUAAAUCCAUCAGAGCCCACACAGCCGUUGAUUACGCCGGCUUGAAUGAAGGCGUCCUAAAAACCUCAGACGACAACCCCGAGCACCACUACAUCUCGGCAUUCAAGAAUGGCGACAUCGAGUUCGUCCCAGAGACCUUCGCACGUAUCCCAGCAGAACUGAUUACGGCCGACUUCCUCGAGAAAUCCAAUGGCUUCAAGGAGCCCAUAUUGACACCGGCUUCUCUCAACUCACCAUCGAGAGAUGCAGGAGAUGAGGUGAUCUCCUCAGAACCGAACGGGAAUACACAAAUCUUUGAGUAUACAUUCGAUUCGACCUUCGAGACCGAGACGGUGCCCGACGAUGGACAAGACAGCCUAGACAUGGUCAUCCCAAAAGGAUUGACAGUCCGCCGCGUAGCUGAGCUGUAUGGCGCCAACGAGCCUGUGCCGGUGAUCGACGUCAAGGCGCAAGAAGGCGAAGGCAAGAAGUGGACAAUGGGCAAGUGGGCCGACUACUACGAGCAGCAAGGUGAAAAGCCGGUGCGCAACGUUAUCAGCCUCGAGGUUUCACGCAGUAGGUUAGGGAAGCUCAUUCGCCGCCCCAAGGCCGUUCGUGACAUGGACCUCCAGGAUGCAGUCUGGCGGGCAGACGAUAAAUUUGCUCCGCCGCCAGUUCAAUUUUAUUGCCUCAUGUCUGUCGCAGACUGCUUCACCGACUUCCAUAUCGAUUUUGGCGGCUCGUCCGUCUACUACCAUAUCGUGAAAGGCAGAAAAGUCUUCUUCUUUAUUCCGCCCACUAAACAGAAUCUCAAGAAGUACGAGGACUGGUGUUUGUCGCCCAAUCAAGGGCAUGAAUGGCUUGGCAAGCAGGUCAAGGAAUGUUAUCGAGUGGAUCUUCACCCAGGGGAUACCAUGUUGAUACCGUCCGGCUGGAUCCAUGCUGUCUGGACGCCAGAAGAUAGCCUCGUAAUUGGAGGUAACUUUUUGACGCGGAUUCACUAUGGCAUGCAAAUCAAGGUCCUGGAAAUCGAGAAGAACACAAAAGUCGCGUCGCAAUUUCGAUAUCCGUUCUUCCAGAAGAUCAUGUGGCUGGCAGCCAUCAAAUAUCUCCAGGAGGAUCCCGUGCCUGAGCCGGUGCAGCAGCUACUUCAGAAUAGUGAAAAGUUUGAGCGAUCUGUUCCCAUAUACUGCGAGCCUGAUCGUUUCGGACACAAUUCCCAUCUUGGCGCAGCCACGUACAACAGACGAUACUACUCAAAACAUGAACUAGAGGGCUUGACCGAUCUAUUGAACUACAUAUGGAGGACCGUUCUGAUCACCGAAGGCAAACUUGAUGUGCCCCAGAGGACAAAAGCCGCAGUUCAGAAAUCUAUUCCCAAAGGUCAUGGUGAGCCACUUAUGCUGGCGCGACAAUUGGCAAUGUGGAUCGCGUGGAAGCGUGGCAACGAGACUAUUCCCACCUGGGCCCUGUCAAAUGCUCUUCUGCCAGAAGUUGCGGAAAGCGAAAAGAAGCUGAGCGCAGCACAGGUGAGGAAAUUGGAGCGAGAGACCUUGAAUGAAGCCCUAAGGGCAACAGCAGAGCGAUCAUCAGCUCGGAUACGGGCCUCUGAUGUCGUGAAAGACCCUACACCUCCAGAUGUUGAGAACAUUGGGACCUUUGACGAUAUGACGCCUUCUUCCGUGGGCCCUUUGAUUGGCUUCCUUCGGCCAUCCGCAAGUAACCCGCACAUUACUACGCCCAAAACAUCUCAACUGGGGCCAAAGCGAGUGGCUUGUGAUGCAUGUCGUAAACGACGUAUCCGCUGCAAACACAAGGACGAACUCAUUGAUACAUCGAAACCGGGUAUGCACACCAUUGACCUGUCAGGUUCGUACGGCAUCUCAGUCAAGCGACGACUUAGUGACCACUCGGUUACUGAAAGCCUGGCCAACUCAGUCCAUGGCCCUGUCAAUGGAGGCCCGAUUAUGGCUGACGUGAACGGCGAUCCAUAUGCCCUGAAGUCUGGUAGGGUCAAGGCUUGUGCCGACUGUCGGAAAAGCAAGCGACGUUGUAUCCAUGAUGAAUACGGCAAUGUCGACCCUAUAAAGGCAAACGAAGUCCCGAUACCGAGGGGAUCAGCAUCCAAGAAGCGUCGAGUGAGUGACGAGGAUCGAUCAUCUACGGCGAAGCGAAUGAAACACGAGUCCUCAUAUGAUGAAGAGUACAUGAAUGGCAACUUGCACACACGACACUCGCUUCCCAACCAAUACAGCAGGGGCUCAUUCUCUCUUCAAGAUAUCGCCUACUCGGCUCAACAGGCGCUCGAGCAGAGUCCCGAGGACAAUCUUGUCCCCGUCGAUCCGGCUCUUCAUGCUUACACAAAUGGGGUUUACAACGGCGACUACACGCAUAUGAGCGCUGCGUAUCCCUCAAAUGGUGACAGUGUCAUGUCAUCGGUUGAGUAUCAGGCAGACGAAGGCAUGCUCAUGGAUGGCAUUGAGCUCCAUGGCCAUAACAGUGAGCCUCAUGGACCCAGCAUAGAGCCUCUGACCCCUGGUCCACUUGCGGCCGCCAGCAAGGGCCAGAUACAAAGCCAUGCUCAUUCGCCAAAAGCUCUCAUUCGGAGUCAGGAACUUCGUCACCCUUCGUCAUCCAUUUCGCCUCGGCAUGUUACUGCCGCUUCUCCCACAGCUGACCCCUACCAAUCCUACCUGACCUCUCCCGCUUUGAACAACUACAACACUUUCACCACAAAUUCCGACUUUCCGCCUCCACCCAUCACGCCCGUAGCCAAUUCCUUGAGGUCAGUGCGCUACCCCAACUCUUCGGGGCCAAAACCACGGCGCACCCCCUCUCGCGGCGGCAGGGGAAGCAAAACGCCAAAGUCAACGUCAGGCGGUCGGCGCACAGACAGCAAAGAUGGUAUCAAAUUCGAGUAUGGGCUCGCGGUGGGCAUGGCGGGCAUGAUUGAUCCGAACCUCGAUCAGGCUAGUAUCAAUCUUAUCAAACAAUUGCAACAGGAAGACCUGGGGCUGCGUAGGAGGAGCCGGUGA